AUGAGCAUGACGGACGAGGAUCAAAGGGCCCUGGCGGUCAAGACGGUCGCGGCUGUGUUCAUGCCAAUAGCAUGUGUAGCGGUCAUGCUGCGCUGUUAUGUGCGGGGAUGGUUAGUGAAAGCUUUUGGAUGGGAUGAUGGCGCGAUGGUGGCCGCAGUCUUGUUUUAUAUCAUGUUCUCUGCUUGCAUGAUUGGUGGCACUCUAUACGGCACAGGUCGGAAGUUUGAGCACCUCACAGCCCAUGAGCGUGUGACAGCGAUGAAGUACUGGUGGCUCUGUGAAGUUGCUUAUUGCUUUGCAUCUAUCUUUUGCAAGAUUUCCAUCAGUGUUUUCUUGAUGCGUAUCACCGUUAAAAGGGUGCACAUCUGGACUCUCUACACUGUCAUGGUCCUAACAGUCCUUGCCGGGCUAGUGUUCUUCUUCCUGAUGCUUUUGCAGUGCAAGCCGCUCUCGUAUUUCUGGACGCGCACGGCCCUGGAUCCCACCAUCGAAGGCCAUUGCAUCAGCAUCCACAUCAUCAUUACCAUGACCUAUGUUUACAGUGCAUUUGCGGCAUUGUGCGAUUUUACUGUUGGGCUCCUGCCGAUUUUCCUUGUUCGAAAGCUGCAUAUGAAGCGACAGGCGAAGGUCGCUGUUGUGGGCAUUUUGAGCAUGGCUUGCAUUGCCUCCGCGGCCGUUAUUAUUCGAUUCCCAUUCGUCAAGACAUUUGCGAACGAAGACUUCCUUUAUGCUACCUACCAAAUCGCCGUCUGGUCUAAUAUCGAAGCCGGGCUUGGCAUAACUGCCGGAAGCCUUGCCACGCUCCGCCCCCUCCUCCGUCACUGGCUCGGCUCACGAAACGAUUCGAACUAUCCGUCGGGGUUUCCCACAUCUGGCCGCCGAGGUGGUAGCAAUGCGCGAGCCGUGCCGCUUGGGUCAUUAGAAGGAAAUGGUCACAGGGAUUUGAGACCGGAUAAAUUGGCGAUCAUGACGACGAAUAUUGAAAGCCAAAGGGACACACAGAAUACGUGGGGAGGCUCGACCAGCCCCAGCAGCAGUGAAGAGAGACUCACUGUUGAUCAUCAUCCUCUCCCAAUGCAAGGGAAGAUGGAGGUUGGCAUUCAUCAUACGUUCGAAGUCACGCGGACGACAGAUGGAGGCUACGCGGAAGAUUCUCAUCCGAUGGCGAGAGAACAUGUAUAG